CUAUACUGUGGUGAAUAGCGCUUAACGGAGACUCAACCCAUGGUCGUUAGGUUAAGCACAGAAUGCCAUUACAAGAACCAUUGGCCAGUUUUCGCACAUCGAUCGCGGUAUUUCUUAGCCGCUUGCCAAACGGCCGCACCAUUCCACAUCAGCCCUCUCUCACACACACGCUUGCACACCCUCGCACUUACACACACACACACACAGACGCAGUGGCACGAAACGAAAACAAUUAUUUUGCAUCGCAGGCGAUAAGUUAAAAGUGAAUUAGACCGCAUUGAAACCAUGUCAGCGGCUGGUAGAUCGGACGACGAUCCCGGCCAGAAUCCGGCCGUAGAUCAAGAACCUGAUGCGGACCAAUCGACGACAGCGGUGGCCGAAAUCGCGGCUUCCAGUAUUCGAUCGGGCCUGGCCGAGCUGGAGCUGCGAUCCUCGCAAGUGCUGCAGCGUUUAGAGAACGUCAAGGUGUCGUCCACCCCGGAGAAUCUAAGUCCUAACGAAAAUCAGGAGGAGGAUGAGCGCGUUGUUGGCGAAGCCCUUCUGCCAGCGGAGCACCGGGUGCCCUCCGACAUCCUCAAGUCUCUGGAGCAACUGGUUUCGUACACGGACAGCGACGACGAUCCAGAGUUCCCGCUGCCCGCUCUAGAUGAUGUCUCUCAUUUGGCCCUCAUCUCGCACAGCAUUGUGGCCUACUUAUCGCAUCUGGACCGCCAGCAACUGCUCCGGGUAACGAAUAGCAUUUCCGGCGACGCCACCCGAUGGCUGGGAACAUUGUUUCAUUUCUCCCAUCCGGCGAGCAGCUUUCAUGCGGAUAACGCAGACGCAGUAUUGCGUACGGUUCGCCUGGCCAUCGUGGCUAGGUGUCCGGGGUAUUUGGAAGGCGGCAUUCCUGCCCUGGCCCAGCCAACAUUUUAUAUUUCGGAGAAUACAACGCCGGUGAGGCUACAGUACGCCUGCCGGCAAUUGGGUAUCCCUCUGGAGGCCAUUAAGAUCAUACCCGAGCACAGUCAAUACGGAACUAUGGAUGUAACGCUGCUGCAAAAGCAAAUCCAACUGGAUGUCGGCAAUAACAGGACGCCGUUGCUUGUGGUCGCCGAUAUUGGAGCCUCGCUGUGCGGUUAUGUAGACAAUCUGCUACGGUUGCGGGACGUAUGCAAGGCGCAUAAUAUGUGGUUGCAUGCCAGUGGUCAUGGGCUGGCUGCCUUGGUCUGCGCCCAAAAGCAGGGACAUGUGGAAGAGGUGCUCCACUCUAUGGCCCUUAAUUUGGGUAGUUGGCUGGGUGUGCCCAGUCUGCCAAUAGUUCUGCUGCACCGUCCUCUACAGAACAGCGCUCUGAGUGCCUUCGAAUCCGAUCCCAUACUGUCACGUCGCCUCAACGCCUUGUCUUUGUGGACCAGUCUACAGGCUUUGGGCCGGAAGGCAAUUGCAGAGCGCCUGCAUGUGGCCUUCCAGACGUGCAGCAUUCUCUUUGAAAUUGCCUCCAAGUGCGAGGGCAUCCGGGUGUUGAGCCAUACGCCUGGAGCGCAGACCGGAGCCUCUUUGUCGGAUAUCAUCCAGAGCCCGUUUGAUGUCCAGGCACUGUUUGAUGCAGCCGCCCCCGUUGUCGCCUAUCAGUUUGAUGGCAGCACCACCAUUCCAUUAGGGGGCAGUGGUUCGUCUGCCGCCGCUGUUGCUGAGCGAGAAACGGCCGAAGGCCUCAAACCGCUUGAGAAGGUCAAUAAUGCUUCCUACUUCGACCGCCUUAACUCCUGGCUAGGUCAGAUCUUACAACGCGACUGUCCCAAUUUUGACUUCGAGGUGAUUGAACAUCCGACACACGGCAGUUGCAUACGCUACUGUCCGCUCGAAUUGGGAUUAGGUGAGCAGCCGCCGACCUCCGAGAACUUGGAAAGCUUUGCCCAGAGUUUGGAGGCGCAUGUGGACAUUCUGCGAGCGACGAUAAAGCACAAGGCACGAUUCAUCCAUCUGGUGGAGCGUAGUGAAGUGCUGCGUCUCGUCCCGUUGCCCGAAUGGGCGGGCAUGGGUGGCGUGCGUUUUGUGCCCGAGGGCUGGGAGUCCCUGCUAACAGACCAAGCCAAAACGGAGCUAAACAAGCUGAACAUUGAUCUUGUUGAGGCCCUUAAGUCCACAGACAAUGCUUUCUCCCUGGGCGAAGGCACCGAUGGUCUAAUUUGUGUGCGUUUCGGGAUGGUCACUCACGAAACGGAGGUUGAGGAGCUUCUGGACCUAGUAGUUACGGUGGGCAAGAGCGUGCAGGAGAACUCCCGGGUAUUGGACACCAUGUCAGAGAUUGUCAAAAAGGGCAUUGAGGCUGUCACCGCGGAUCUGCAGCGGGAGUCGGAGGAAAAGCUCUGGCAGGAGGGCAUACUGCGACACGUGCCCGUGGUGGGACGCGUUUUUAACUGGUGGUCGCCGCCGGCCAAGGAGUCGGGUAUUAAGGGGCGGAGCCUUAAUCUCACCCAAGGCGUGGUUGAAAGCACAGAGAACAUUUACAAGUACCACAUGCAGAUGACCGGAGCUACUGCUCAUCAGUUGCCAGCGAAUCGGUCGCCACCCACACCCAUGGUGCAGACGCCAGUAGGCGCACCCACGUCGCCACCAGUCUUUCCGACGGUGGAGCCGGUACCCGGAACCGUAUCCACUUCGGGAUCGGGUGAAGACACGCCCGUGCAGCCGGCCGAUGGUUCAGUAUCAGGCCCAGGAGGAUCGGGGGCGACACCGUCAACUGCGCCCACACAGAAUCAUGUGGAUCAUGCCCGCACUGUCAGUCAGGGCAGUGCGUCCUCCUCCAACGUUCCCGAGCUUGUGGCCGCCAACAGUGCAAUUAACAAUAAUUAACAAAGUAUAUUAAUUCAAAAUACCUACGAUGCAGAAGGAAGGAUGCAGAAGGAAGAAAAUAACAUUUAGAUCAAGGCAGAGCCAGCAAAAUGGAUUUCAAAGUGGGAGAGGCCUUAGAAGCAGCAAUAUCAAACAAGGCUUAAACAAAAACACGUAGACAAAAACAGAACAGAAUACCACGUACAUAUUUAAGGCUUAUUUUCAAAUUCCCCUACUUAAAAAAAGAAACGAAAACAAUUCCAAAGAUGAUUUUUGCCCGAAAUGAUGAAAACACAAAACCCAAUUUAAUUGCUUUAUGUUUAUAUAUAUAUAUAUAUGUAUAUAUAUAAAUAUAUAUAUAUAUAUAUUGCUAUUCCUAUGAUCUUUUAUAUAUCUCUAUUAUAUAUAUUAUAUUAUUUUAUCUUAUAUUUUAUUUCCAUCAUUGUUGUUGUUUAUGAUCAGAAGAAAAGUCGCGGAACUCUGUCCUCUUUUCGCUUUUAUUUUUUUGUAAUAUUAUACUUCUUAUCUCUAUUUGUAAUUAUUAUUCAGAUGCAAGUACCUUUGAGAGAUAAUAUAUAGACAAUUGUUCAAAUUUCAAUUGUGCGCAGCAAUAAAUGGCUCUAUUCUUAUUAUUUAAGACAGCAAACUAAAGAAAUUAAAAGAAAAACAAAAAAACCAGAAAGUAUAUAAUUAAAUGACGAAAAAAUAUUUAUUAUACAAAUUGCUGCUAUAGGAAAAAACGAAAUCUGCACAAAAUAUGAUAAACGAAAAGAAAACAUACAAAAUAAAAUGUGAAAUAAUUUAGAAAAAGAAAGAGAGAGAGAGAGAUCAUGUGUUUUUAUAAGUGGACAAACCACUAAUUUUUUGGCGAUUUGAAUCAAACCUACCUUGAGUACUUUUAUUUCAUUGGCUCCCAUUAAAAAACAACUUUUCUCCAUCUAACUAAUGCAAUUAAAUUUUAUAUUUUUAUUUAA